UUUGGAAUAGUUUUUUUUGGCGUGAUAUCGAUUACCAAACAUUUGCAGAAAAAUUAAAUAAUAUUUUUAUUUUUUAAAUUGAAACGAAACAAAGUCAUUAAACGGAAUUACAAUGCGUGCUGCCUUAGGUUUAAAACAAGUAACUAGAGCUUCCACUUUACAAAAUGUUAAACAUUUUGCCAGCUUGGUCGAGCCCAAGGAACCCAUACUAAAAACAGCCACUAUUCCUGGUCCUAAAUCCUUGGAAUUGAAAAAGCAAUUGAAUGCCGUACAGAAUGCCGAAAGUGUGCAAUUGUUUGCCGAUUAUGAACGUUCGACAGGCAACUAUUUGGCUGACGUAGAUGGUAAUAUGCUGUUGGAUGUUUACACACAAAUCUCCUCGAUGCCCUUGGGCUAUAAUCAUCCCAGUUUAUUGAAUGUCUUCCAAAAUGAAGCCAACCUCAAGUCUUUGAUCAACAGACCCGCAUUGGGUGUCUUCCCCAACAAGGAGUGGCCCGAGAAAUUGCGUAACGUUUUGUUGGAAGUGGCUCCCAAGGGUAUGGAUAACUUGACUACCAUGAUGUGUGGUUCCUGUUCCAAUGAAAAUGCCUACAAAAACAUCUUUAUGUGGUACAGACAAACACAACGUGGUGAAAAUGUUAACUUCACCGAGGAGGAGAAGAAUUCCUGCAUGGUUAAUAUGGCUCCUGGUGCCCCCAAAUUGAGUUUGUUGUCCUUCAAGGGUGCUUUCCAUGGUCGUACUAUGGGCUCUUUGGCCACCACUCAUUCCAAGUAUAUACACAAAAUUGAUGUGCCCUCUUUCGAUUGGCCCGUGUGCUCUUUCCCUCAAUACCGUUAUCCUUUGGAGGAUAACGUUGCCUACAACCAGGAGCAAGAUAAACGCUGUUUGGCCGAAGUACAAGAUCUUGUAGAGCAAUACCGCAAAAAGGAUGUUCCUGUAGCCGGUGUGGUAGUUGAACCCAUCCAAAGUGAGGGUGGUGACAAUGAAGCAUCGCCCGAAUUCUUCCAAGAAUUGCAACGCAUCUGCAAAGCCAAUGGCAUGGCCUUGCUGAUGGAUGAGGUACAGACCGGUGGUGGUGGUACUGGCAAAAUGUGGUGCCACGAAUACUUCAACUUGGAAUCUCCUCCCGAUGUAGUCACUUUCAGUAAGAAAAUGCAACUGGGUGGCUAUUUCCACAGCUCCACUUUCCGCCCCAGAGAAGCCUAUCGUAUUUUCAACACCUGGAUGGGAGAACCCGCCAAAAUCCUUAUGCUCGAACAAGUCCUUAAGACCAUCAAACAGGACAACCUCUUGGAGCAAGUCAACAAAUCGGGCAAGGUCUUGAAGUCUGGUCUGUUGGAUUUGGAAAAGGAAUUCCCCACCAUUAUCAACUCCACCAGAGGUCGUGGUACCUUCUUGGCCUUCAACUGCAAGAAUUCCCAAACACGUGACGACAUUGUCAACAAAUUCAAAAUGCAAGGUCUACAAACUGGUGGUUGCGGUGAUUUGGCUGUACGCUUCAGACCCGCCCUCAUUUUCACCGAAAAACAUGCCAACAUUGUUUUGGAUCGUUUCCGCACAAUCCUUAAAGGAAUGUAAAUUU